AUGAACUUGCAAGAAGAUGGAAUAGAUCUGAGAGAUGUAUCAAAAUCGUCAAUUGUUAGAGAUGAAUUUCCGAAACUAUUAGAAUGCGGUAAUGUGCUUGUAGAUAACGAAUGCAUACAAAAUGAUUCAAGUCUGGAUCACUGGAGCAAACAGCACAUUGUUCAAUAUGGAAUCACUUUCUUUGCAACUUUGGCAGCGUUUGCAAAUGGAAUGCAAUAUGGAUGGAUUGGGCCAACGUUACGACAAUUGAUGUUAAAUGAAACAAAUAUAGAAAUGAAUGACACAGAUGGAAUUUCUUGGAUUGCCAGUUGUUUAAAAAUCGGUGCUAUAAUUGGGCCAUUUUUAGGGUUAUUUUUGGCUGAUUAUUGUGGACGAAAAGUAACUAUUUUAUUAGCUGCUAUUCCACUUUUAUUUGGAUGGCUUAUCAUAAGUGUCGCAAACAAUGUGUAUCAAUUAUGUUUGGCAGAAGUUAUUAGUGGAGUUGCCACUCAAAUUAUAUUUUCAAUUCUACCCGUUUACAUUGGUGAAAUAGCGGCGCCAGAAAUACGUGGAACUUUAGCAAUAUUUAUUGCAGUUCAAUUUUCGUUGGGAUUUUUAGUUGAAAAUAUUAUUGUACCCUGCAUAUCAGUAACGUAUAAUUCAGCAAUUGCUAUCUUAGUAAUUUUGUUCUUAAUAUUUACUUUUUCAUGGAUGCCUGAAAGCCCUUAUUAUUAUUUAAUGAAAAAUCGCCCAGAAAAAGCAGCGAACUCCUUACGUAGAUUAACACAAACCAAUUAUGUUGAAGUUAAGUUAGAAAGAAUAAAAACUGCAAUUGAGAUACAACGUGCAGCGAAUGUAAAUAUCUACCAAAUUUUCACAAACCCAGUAAAUCGAAAAGCCUUUUGGAUUGUUAUGGGUGCUGCUUCCAUUCAUCAAUUUUGUGGAUUUAUGGUAGUUUUACUCUAUGCUCAAAUACUUUUCGAGAAAGCUGAAACACCCAUAAAUGCAAAUUUAGGAGGUAGUAUUAUGGUCGUCGUUGGAAUAAUAAUCCUUUUUGUUAGUUUUUUUUCUGUAGAUAAUUGGGGUCGUCGACCAUUAUUAAUACUCUCCUCAGUAGCUACAACAGUUCCCCUAAUAAUGAUUGGAUUGUACUUCCAUUUAAAAGCUCUGAAAUAUGAAAAUAUUAGCUCAUUUAAUAUUGUCCCCAUAAUUGCGUUAAUCCUUUUUAAAAUUACUUUUGGAAUAGGAAUUGGACCAUUGUUUUUCGUUUUAACAAGUGAAAUGUUUAAUACAAGUUUUAAGGCGUAUGCGUUUUGUAUUCUGUAUUCUUACAUGGCUUUAACUAAUUUAUUUACUGUCAAAUUAUUUUACGUUAUUGCCGAAUUAUACGGUGAAUAUAUUCCGUUUUAUUUCUUUGCUUUUUGUUCUUUAUGUGGUGCAGCAUUUGGUUAUUUUGUUUUACCGGAAACUAAAGGAAAAACACUAGAAGAAAUUCAACUUAUCUUAAAAGAAAAUUAA